UCGCCGCGGAGCUGAUCGGCGCCGGGCUGGUGGACCCGCGCGACUCGGUGCCCAUCUCCACGCACCUCGAGAGCCUGCUGCACGCGCAGGCGCCGCUCGCGCCCGCCGCGCCCAAGACGGUCACAUUCCACUUGGUGAAGAUGGACGGGGGCAGUAAGCCAGAAGCGAUGUGCCGCGUGUGUGGCGACAAGGCUUCAGGAAAGCACUACGGAGUACCAUCCUGCGACGGGUGCAGAGGCUUUUUCAAACGAAGCAUACGACGAAAUUUAGACUACGUGUGUAAGGAGAGCGGACGCUGUGUCGUGGACGUCACCCGUCGGAACCAGUGCCAGGCGUGCCGCUUCUCCAAGUGCUUGCGUGUUAACAUGAAAAAAGAUGCUGUGCAGCACGAGCGCGCGCCCCGGCCGGUCGCCACCCAACACCAGCUGACCCUACAUAAGCUAGGAUACAACUUCAGUCGCCAGACGAACUUCUUUCCCCCUUCCGCCCCCCUAACUCUCGCUUCCUUACCGCAACUGAACACUUAUAGCAGCGUUACCCCUGCGCCGCCCGACCUUGUCAUGCCCACUUCGUUUUUAGACACAUCCUUUCAAGAUUUCUCAAGACUUCCUGAAGCGAUUCCGUCCGAACUUCCGCAGUUAAGUCCGUUCUUUAGCACUCAACCCAGCUCACUGAGCUCUUUAAAUCCGUUCAAAAUUCCGCUUUUCCCGAGUCAGUUGCAUUACCCUAUCCCGCAUAGUGGUUAUUUCCCUGCAAACAUAUUCUAUCCUCCGGUAAUCUCAACUGAGAGAUCGAUGACGCCUCCGGCAUCUACCAAUAACCAUGAGCGUAAUUCUCCUAAAUUUAAAACAUCCUUACCGCAUCCAACUUCAGAAAAGCCAGACUCGCAACUACCGGACAAAAUCAAGGAAGAUGAAGUCUCGAGUUCGGAGGAAGCAUUUAAAUCAAAUCGGUUCUUGGCGAAUGUCGACAAAGAAGAUACCAGGAACACGGCCCCAUGCUCCCCGACCAACUGCGAACCUCCUGUGAUUCACGUCGUAUCAAAACUAGGGGAAACCCGCGUGCACCUAGACUCCACCAGAGCAGAGAACAUUUCAGUGGAAUGUAUUAUAAAAGAACAAGAGAAGUGUGCACGGCAACAGAGUAAAGCUCAGAAGUCGAGGAUCCACUUCGAUAGCAGCCUAACCUUGUCAGGAGAACAGAUCCACGAUCCGGCGGCGAAGCUGCUUGUGGCCUCAAUCAAAUGGCUCCAUGGAGUGCCGUCGUUUACGCAACUUAAGACUUCGGAGCAAAUUCCUCUGUUACACCAUAAUUGGCGAGAACUCUUUCUUAUCGCAGCUGCACAAUACUCAUACUACUUCGAUGAAGAAGAUAUGCAUUUACCAACACAGGCUACAAGAACGGCCAACCCGAAAGCAGAGUCCAAAAAACUAACAGCCCUCAUAAAAAGGAUAGCCCAGUGCAGAUUAGAUAAAUCAGAAUACGACUGGUUAAAAUCAGCGCUGCUAUACAGAAAUGAUUGCUUCGAGGGCCCCACCUCGUCGCAUCUCGAGCUUCUGCAAGAGCACACGUUGCAGCUACUGCAAGGUCACUGCUCCAGGAAGGACUCUGCCCGCUUCGGCCGCCUAAUGCUGCUGCUGCCCAGCAUAUGUUGCCUGUCCAACCACGGCUUCCUUGAAGACCUACUCUUCCCUGACACGUCCACUGACGCUAUCCACUCUACUCUUACUCGUAUUCUAAUGUACACAUCAAUAUAAUGG